AUGCUUUUCACCAGACACAUGGGGCUUGCCCUCGCCGGUGCGUCUCUCCUGUUCUCGCAUGCCCGGGCAUCCUUCGAUUUCCCGUCGUGCGUCGACAACUGCAUCGAAUCAUCAGGCUACGAACCGGACAGCGCAAAGUCCAUAUGCAAGGGAGCCAGGAACCUGCUGCUUGACUCGGUCAUCUCGUGCCUGUUCUUCAACUGCAAAUCCGACCUGCGCAACGUUGAGGGUGCCUUUCUGGAUCCGAUAGCAGAGGCCUGCGAGGAUAGCGACCGCGAGAUCCCCAGCUCCAAACUAGCAGCUGCCGAGAGCCUGGCGAGCAGCUACAUCUCCAAGCUGCCCACUUCCACGACAGCCAGGACCACGACGGCAGCCCAAUCGACUACUACGCCGCCUAAAACCACCAUCACGUCAAAGCAGGCGGUUUUGUCAUCCUCAUCGGCAUCCGCCACCACGACGACCGCGGCGGCGACGGAGGAUGAGGAGAGCGCUCCACCAAGUACCAGCACAUCGGCUUCUGACCAGGAUGCUGGUCAAUCGACGUCAGCGGCAGGCGAGACCACGGCCGCGCCGACCACCACCCAGGUCACGCUGCCAACUUCGGCCACCCGGAGUGCCGCCGCCUCCUCCUCGUCAUCCGCGCCGGAUUCGGGCUCUGGGUUCGAUACCAAUCCCUUUGGAAGCUCCAGCUCUGCCGGAUCGGCCAUUCGGCCGCUCAUUUCCCUUCUGGGCUUGCCACUCACUGUCGUCAGUCUGCUGGCUCUGAGGUGA